AUUCGCACGUCGGUUUCCGGGCGUGGUCUAAAAGAAACAGCGAUGCCAUCAUGCUAGCUGUAGAAGUCCAGAAUAACCAGCUCUGCUAAUUUAUUUGCAGAUAAACUAGGAGUUUUUUCCGAGUUAUUUAGUUGUACUUUAAAUUAGAAUAUAGAAUGACAACAACAAUUUAAGUGCGAGGUUUGUUUUUGUGUGGCAAGCGCCACCCAAAGUAGACGAGCAAGCGUCAGUCAGCUAGCUAAGAUUCCGUAAACUAGCUCGGCUAUCGGAAACGUAUUCGUAAACAAAAUUUACUGCGUUUAACAGCGCGACCUGCGACAAGCUCAUCGUUUCAACGUUGGUAUUUUCUACUACUGUCAUGGAGAAGGCAGACUUCUUAAAAGGGCUUCCAGUGUACAAUAAAAGCAACUUCAGCAGGUUUCACGCAGACUCUGUUUGUAAAGCAUCUAAUCGGAGGCCCUCUGUCUAUCUUCCGACACGGGAAUACCCGUCUGAACAGAUUAUUGUCACAGAGAAAACCAACAUCCUUCUGCGCUACCUCCAUCAUCAGUGGGACAAAGAGAAUGCGGCAAAGAAAAGGGAACAGGAACAAGGGGAAGGCGACAGUCCCGCUCCCCCGAGAAAGAUUGCCAGGACAGACAGCCAAGAAAUGAAUGAAGACUCAUAAGCGUGUGUAUGUAUGUAUGUAUGCUUGUGUAUAUAGAGGGCGUAGCCGAUCUUAAUAAGUAAAAACAGAAAAGGUGUUCCCUCAUCACUAAAGACUGGUGGCCAAUCUGUGGCUUGAGGCUGUCGGGUAAACAACGGCGCCAUUCUUCAACACAAUUGGGACCCAGUGAUGAAUUGCAAAUGGGGGUUUUACUGUGAAGAAUUUGUUGAAAAUCCACACUUUUAAACAGAUUUUUCAACCACUGUUUGAGGACUGAUUAGGACCGAUGAUCGGGCAGGCGGGCGCGUUUCUGCCAUUUGUUGUCGGACCAUGUGUAUAACGUGCGUUUUUGUAUGCAUGCUGAGCUGUGUGUGUAUUGUGUACUGUAUAUGCCCAGUUCCAUGCUUUUGUCGGAAAAAAGUCGGCGUGUGACUUGACUUGACAAAUCAAGUCUUUAAAAAAAAAAAAAAAAGUUUUUGACGUAUGGAGUUUCAUUGUGUUUUUAAAUCAUAAGGCAACGCGCUUCCUGCCUGGCCAAAGUGCGCCACUCCCUCUCGGUUUCACUGCCCACUCUGUAAACAACGGCGACGUUUCUCUCAACUGUUUGGAUCCACACAACCAAGAACGCACUGUGAUGAGCAGCACAAAGUAGAAGCACCACUCUCUAAAAAUGUGUAUGUUAAGCAGAAUCCUUUUUGGCUUGGCUAUUUUCAUAUCUGCACACAAACACUAACAUCUAUCAUCUACCUAUCAUCUAGGUUGAACGUUUGCAUUACGUUUUCGCCACUCUUUAAAUAUGCAUUAUACAGUAAACCUCGGAUAUAUCGGACUCGGAUAUAUCGGAAAUUCGCUCACAACGGACAGAUAAAAAAAGAACCGAUUUUUCUGUAAUGCAUUUCCAAUAAAAAUUCAUUGCAUAUAUCGGAUUUUUUAUAACGGAUUUUGCCUAUUUCGGACAAAAUCUCCAGUCCCGUUCCAAUGCAUUUCCAUUAAAUUCCCCUCGCAUAUAUCGGAUGGCCGCAUCGUGGCGCUUCGAUUCGCCGAAUCGUGACAGGCCGCUAUACGACGUCAUUUGCAGCGUUGCCUGCGUGUCCUGGUACAUUGGAAACAUAGUCAAGGAAGUGCCUUUUUAUAACGGAUAAAAUCCGAUUUACGCAUAUACCGGAUAUAAAUCCGAUAUGUGCGUAAAACGGACAUUUUCCGGUAUACGCAUAUAACGGAUUUCGCUUAUAUCGGACAAAACCAGUGGGAACAAUUGAAUCCGAUAUAUCCGAGGUUUACUGUACAUCCUAAUGGUGGAUUUUUCAGUGUUGUGAAAUUGGGAACUGAAAGUACAAUUUCUUAAAAUGUAUUAGGAAAAAAUGCCACAUAGGCAAAAAUAUAAGGAAGAGUAAACGUGAUCUCGGCCUUGCUUGUUAUUUUCCAUCCUGGCCCUCCUAGAUUAACGUAGGCGGUUUAGGAUUGUGGCUUGGAUUCUCUUGGACUGAGAGAUUCUCUUACGACUGGUCAUCAUGGUUUUGGAUCCUGUUUCUUUCUCCCAUUGUCAUUUUUGGUGAGCUGACUAGUUCAAUGCAGGGUUAAUGUGUUUAGCAUGCAGUCUAUUGCUGCUCUUAGCCCGCCAUCUUCUUUUUGUCACUCAGCUUUUUCUUUAAAAAAAAAAACAGUAUAUGAAAGAAUUAAAAACUGUGGUCCGCCUGUGUACAUAAUCUUGUAUUUUUCAGUCAUAAAAUCAUGUUAUGUUUCUGCUAACUGUUCUACCACGCCUGGAACCUACCCAUCCCCCCCCCAUCUUGUGUGUGUGUGUGUGUUAGAUCAGUUGUUUUUUUCUAGCUUUGCUGAAAUAAAACUGGACUGACACUU